AUGCACUUCGCCGCCGCGGCUGCCGCCCUCCUAACCCUCCUCCCCGCCGCCCUCUCCCACGGCAUCAUAACGCAGCCCCCCUCGCGCGCCAUCGGCCCCGCCAUAACCGCCGCCUGCGGCCAGCCCAUCACGACUGCGAUCCAGCAAGACAACACCUCGUACGUCGAACAACUCACCAAGCUCGCCGCGUCCUCCAGCUCGGGCUACAACGCUGCCGCCUGCAACCUCUAUCUGUGCAAGGGCCUGCAGUUCGCGGACAACAGCGCGAACACGCAGACCUGGACCGCCGGGCAGGUCGUCCCGGUCAAGAUCUGGCUGCGCAUUCCGCACGAGGGGAUUGCGAAUGUGAGUAUUGUGGAUACGAAGAGUAAUACGGUCGUGGGCGAGAUGUUGAAGGUGUGGACGAAGGGGUAUGCGCCCGGGAGGACGGAGGGCGAUGUGCCCAAGGAGCAAAAGGAGUUUAGUGUCACCGUGCCGGCGGGGCUGGAGGAGAAGUGUGCUGUGGGUGGGGAUUGUGUUCUCCAGUGGUGGUGGCUGGGCACUGCGGCGAAGCAGACGUAUGAGUCGUGCGUGGACUUUAAGAUUGCGAAGCCGGCUGCUAGGGCGAUGGCGUUUACGUCGUAA